AUGCCCUCAGCGACAGGAAUUUCGAAUUCUAAAAAGCGCAAGGUUGCAAAGAGCGCCGGAGCUCCUUCAUCCAAACGCCGCGCUGUGGCUGAAGAAGAUGGCUUCUCGGAAACCUUGUCAAAGGUCCAGGAACUAGAAGAUCAGAUUGCGGAGUCGCGGAAAUAUUUCAACAACAUCGCAACUCUUCUUUCCAUGCUCAACGUGAGCAAAUCCGCGAAAAAGCCCGAGCUAGCAGUGGCAGUAUCACUAUGUCGUGUCUUCAGCCGACUGAUGGCAGCUGGCAACCUGUCCGAGAGCAGUCGCGAUGCCGAAAAUGAGAAGAUUGUGGUAGCGUGGCUGAAGGAACGAUGCUCGGAAUAUCAGAACGCCUUGCUGUCAAUUAUUCGCGAGGCUGAUUCUACCUCCCAGGUCACAGCACUUACACUCAGCAUGCGACUCGUGAAAGAGACAAUCAGUCACAUUGCGGGAGCCGAGAGCAGUACCUGGUCAGGUCUCUUCAAGGACAUCAUCGAGGCACUCGUGGAGGCACAAGAUGGUGAGGAAGUUCGGGGCGAAUUUGUAACCAAGUUCAUGAAGCAGUACGAAGAUGUUCGAUACCACACAUUUGCGCAAAUAGCAGAGUACGCCGCUGCCCGACGAAAGACCGACAUCGUGGAGGUCCUUAUCUCUCUUCUUUCGGCAUGCGACAAAGCACCAGCCUCCGAUCAUCAAAUCGACGUCAAUUCCUUCUUCGCACCCCCCGAUCCCAACAACAAGCGACUUCGUACAGUCCACGGCCACAAGAGACGAGCACAAGACGCAUGGCUUGCAAUUCUUCGUAAUGCCCUCUCUCCGGCGCAGCGGAAGGCUCUUUUGCGGAUUAUGGUCCACACUAUCGAGCCCUGGUUCACUCGCCCUGAACUUUUGAUGGACUUUUUGACCGAUUCAUAUAACGAAGGCGGGGCCACAUCUCUUCUCGCUCUAUCCGGUCUCUUCUAUUUGAUUCAAGAGAAGAACUUGGACUACCCCCAAUUCUACGCGAAGCUCUAUUCUCUCCUUGACGCAGAUCUAUUGCACUCGAAGCAUCGAUCGCGCUUCUUCCGUCUCCUAAACACCUUCCUCGCCUCCACACAUCUUCCCGCCACUCUGGUGGCGAGCUUCAUCAAGCGUCUCUCUCGUCUCGCACUGAAUGCGCCUCCCUCGGCUAUUGUCGUGAUUGUGCCAUUCAUGUACAAUCUUUUCAAGAGUCACCCUACGUGCACUUUCAUGAUGCACCGCGAAAUCCGUGAUAAGCAAUUUGCUGCCGAGAUCGAGCGAGAAGGCUUCGAGGACCCAUUUGAUCCUCACGAGGCCGACCCGACCCGCACCAACGCAAUCGAAAGCAGUAUCUGGGAAAUUGAGUCGCUUCAAUCUCACUACCACCCCAACGUUGCUGCUAUUGCCAAGAUUAUCUCCGAGCAGUUCACCAAGCAAGCCUACAACCUAGAGGACUUCCUUGACCAUACGUACCACGGUAUGGUACAAGGUGAGUUGGGCACGGGCGAAAAACCGUUGCGCAAGGUUCCCGUGGUCGAAUACCAAAUUCCAAAGCGUAUCUUCACCGACCGAUUGCUCCAAGAAGAUGGAGGAGUGGAUGCCGGUGCCGGUUCUUUUAUGCGUGGACUCUGGGAUUUCUCUUGA